AUGAGUCCGUUGAGACCCCCAGUGCUAGAGUCUGCUUUCGUUGGCCGUAUCGGUGGCAACCAGGGCUUUGUGGCCAGCGAUGAAGCGCAGCUCAAACAGACGCCAGAUGCUGCACCCUUGCUCAGCGUCAAAGAUGCACUGCGUCUCAAUGGCUUCUUGCAAUACGAUCUAUGGAGGAUGGCUUUCAUCGAAGGCUGGGGCACUUGUCUACUUAUCUUCUCCUUCGGCGCAGGCGCUUCUGGACUCACCAUGCAGACCCAGUCACAAUUUGCAAGCACGUUGUACGCGGCCCUCUUCAAUGUCGUUGGGUUGACUCUGUUCAUCUACUCCGCAGGACCGGCUUCUGGAGGUCAUCUUAAUCCGACCAUCACCAUGUCAACCUUUUUCGCAGGACUCUGUACGUUCCCAAGAAUGGUCUUAUAUGUCAGUGCUCAGUGCACUGGAGCCGUAAUUGGGAGCUACUGGUUGCGGCUAGGCCUUGGCGAUGACUACUUUCCGCAUGGCGUGAUUCCAGGGUGCACUGUCGAUCCUACCCUUGUUUCUCCUGGACAGCUAUUCGUGCUUGAGUACAUGUUCGCACAAGCUCUAAUAUUCACGGCAUUUGGAGUGGGUCUUGACCCUAGGCAGGGUAAGGUCUUUGGACCGGCCUUGAGCCCAGUACUGGUCGGUCUGACACUUGCUUUCGGGACACUUGCUUCAUCGCUAGCAAAACCUGGUUACACUGGUGUCUGUGCGCAUAAGUCCCAGAAUACUUCCCAGCAAGAAGAGUAUGCUGAUGGCUAUCUAGCCUUCAACUCUGCACGUUGUCUUGGCCUGAUGGUCGCGAAAGGCGAUUUCCAGUACCACUACGUUCACUGGCUUGCGACGAUUGGUGCCGCUGCUUUGAACGGUCUGUUCUACUUCCUAGCGCCGCCGUACCUCAGAAGUAAGCCACUCUCGGCGAGUGCCCUUGCGCCUCAUGUGUGA